AUGGAGAACAAGGAGGGAGGUGAACUCUGCUUUCCACAACGUGUCAACACCUCCUGCAGAAGGCCGAGACCAAGCUGGUCUGAGGGCGUCGUCCUGAACAUCACUUUAUUCAUCUCUCUGCUAACUGUGAUGCUCAACUUGCUCAUCAUCAUCUCUGUCUCCCAUUUCAGGCAACUCCACACUCCCACUAACGUCUUCAUCCUCUCUCUGGCUGUGUCAGACUUUCUGGUUGGCCUCCUGCUGAUGCCUUUGGAAAUCUUCAGGAACACAACCUGCUGGUUCCUCGGGGAUGUCGUGUGUGUUCUCUACACUUACCUGAUUACUCACGUUGUCUCUGCUUCGGUCGGGAAUAUCAUCAUUAUAUCCGCUGACCGCUACGUGGCCAUUUGUGAUCCUCUGCAUUAUCCCACCAGAAUCACCUUAGCCAGAGCCAAGUGCUGCAUCUGUCUCUGCUGGCUUCUCUACGGCCUCUACAGCGUUUUCUACCUAAAAGACGAGCUGGUUCACCUCGGCAGGGCCAACUCCUGCCUCGGACAGUGCGCGAUUGUGGUCAACGCUGUAACGGGCACCGUAGAUCUAAUUUUGAAUUUCAUAUUUCCGGUCACGGUCAUCGUUGUGCUGUACACAAGAGUGUUUGUGGUGGCCGUGUCCCAGGCUCGCGCCAUGCGCUCUAAAGUCUCUGUGGGCCUGAAGUCAAAGAAGUCGGAGCUGAAAGCAGCCAGGACCCUGGGAGUUGUUGUCUUUGUGUAUCUAAUGUGUUACUGUCCGUUUUAUGGUUACGUUGUUGUUAUCGUGAACCUGCCGAACACACCGUCUGUGCCUUUUCUGUUCUUUCUCUUCUACUUCAACUCUUGUCUUAACCCUGUGAUCUACGCCUUGUUCUACUCCUGGUUCAGAAAAGCCAUCAAGCUCAUUGUCACGCUGCAAAUCCUGCAGCCUGGAUCCUGUCAGGCCAACGUGCUGCAGUGACGCCAAAGUGACACUGAA